CCAAGAACUACCAAGAAUUGAACCUGACCGAGUAGCACUCUGUGACUUUCUCCCUCUCGAUUUCUUCUACGGUUCCUCGAUAGCCUAUCUAGCACUGUUCAACUCUCGAUGGCACCACCUCCUCCAGUACCGGACUCUCCUCGUUCAUCCCAAUCUCCAGCGCCCAGUGGUCCACAAGGCGAUCUCGAGCUGGAGCUUCUCGGUCUCGCCAAUGCUCUCUAUAAUCUUGGCACGACCGUCGUCAAUGACUCGACGAAAGAGAAGGACAAGGUUGGGUCCGGGAAACAAGUCGGACAUCGCGUAAAUGAGGUCGUCCACCACUUAAGCAUGAUAGACGAUAUGGCAGCACAUAUACCGACCAUGAUACCCAUUCAGAUUAUGUCUGACAUCGACAACGGACGCAACCCGACGCACCUUACGAAGGACGGGCUAGAGCGAGCGGCUACUGAGAACCAGUUCAUGAACGGAAAGAUCAACGCAAUCGAGUCAUACCGAGCUCUUUUCGACGAGGCUUUGCUUCAAACUUUUCCAGAUCUUGCAGAACAUCUUACGACCCCCAAUACGGGCACAGACGGACAGUCUUCUGCUAUCCCCGACAACUCUGUUGCGCUCCAUGAAGUGAACGGGAAUUGAGAGCCAGCACUCUGCACCCAGACCGCGCGCAUAUUGAGUCUCCUCGACCAGUUCUAAACGAGCACCCUCACUUGUACCCUCGCCAUCUGAAACCACCCCCGGCCAUCAAUCCUACCCACAGGUACCAGAUCACACCGCUCGACAGUCAGGUGUCUCUGUCGAGUUCGCCCUACCCACACCCAUCGGUCUUGCUCGUAUGGAAUACCGUAGCAAACCGAACCGGGGAUGAUAUCGGUCGCGUCCAUGGAGGCGCGGUACUGGAAGCAUCAGCUUGCGGUACAUCUACAUUUCUUAGCAGUCCUCCGCUUGCAACCUUGCGCGACGUUUUAACGUUUGCGUGCGUUAUCAGUGUUGGUUAGCUAUGUAGUUCAAACAUGUACUGCAGUAACAUUCAAUAUAUAUUGUACAUUCCCUGUUGUUACUAUGUACACAACAUCCGCCUCACUUAUGAUCGGCAAGCACGCUCGCACGACCUCGUUGACUGGACGUGUGGUCCAAAUCCCUGGCAAGCAGGUUCCAACAAGGUACAUACCAUCACGGUUCACACGGGAAUGCAAAACCGCAAGUUCCGUGGCCUCAAGAGACCACGGGUACAUACAGCGCAUACAAGCAAAAGAACCGAUCAUUUGGCCUACUGAAGGAAAAAUAUACGCGAAACGAAAAGACAAUCAUCACUACGAAAGCGAUGGAGGUUUGGAAAAAAUUUGGUGACACCACAUUCACCUCGCUCUCCAAGCCACCGAAGUGGACUUCCCCCGCUACGCUACCAGUGCUUUCGCACCACCGCCACUCUCCCUCUCGACUUCGGUUCCAGGAGCACAUCGGCUUAUUCGCACCGAUGCACCCCCUGCACCUUACAACCCUUUUACCCAUCGCGCACCACAUCGUACCUUUCGGCUUGAAGACAACUGAACGCGACGGAACUUUGCUGCUCUUGGGACGGAGAACAAACGCGUGACUACUCCGGGUGACUUCGUCUCGUUCGGCGAACCGAGCGUACAGAGCUCUGCUCGCUUAUUCUGAACGAACCCACAGAAGUCGCUGUGUCUUUCCUGUACGUGCUCCGAGCGGCGACCUCUUUCCUCGAUCAGACCCGAGGACAACGCAUCUCGCCACGACUGCGUCACACCAAAGACCGGAGUUCCUGCUGGUCCGUCCAAUCGGAGACCCGACGGGCUUUCAACACACGGCCAGCUGCAUUCACCACGAAUCGAGAGCGAGAACGGAUCUCUAUUGCGAAACCCCGUGGGGAACACAAUUCUGAUCGGGUGAAGCGAGUAGCAUCGUGGAGGAAAGGAGACCAUCGGGGCGAUGAGACGGGGCACAAACAACGGCUUCAGGUUUAGCAGAUCGGUGGGUCAACAAAGCGAGGCCCGCGUGACUGAGAAGAAACAGGUCUGAAGAGCCACUGGAGAACGGAAGAGCACAAACGAGGACUGGAAGGAAAGCUCGAAGAAUAAGGUCUUAGCAGUCCUAGCUGUAUGACAACGAUGCACCCAGAGGCCUCGAGAAUGAACCCACUAUCGCCCAAGAUGCGUCUGCAGCAAGCUCAACGCCUGUGGUUGUCACGAGUGUGGCAUCAAGGUAAUUGGGAUGCUCGAUGAGAAGCCAAUCGGUUGGGUGGAGGAUAACGCAGUGUGCCUUCCUGUGUGCAGAUGGAAGGGCGACAGUUGGGGGUGGAUGAAUGUGCUAGAGGAUCCCCUAGUUGUGCACCACACAACAAGUCGCUAUAAGAGUCACGAUCCCUCUCGUCUCGUACCAAAGCACCUGACGCACGACACUCCUACACUAUCACGACGUCCAGCCAGUGCUUUUCUGUGUGUUCCCUAUGCUCAGGCGAAUCAUGACCACCCUUGGGCCCACGCCCCGCCAAUCUCCAAAGCCAUGCAGUUUAAUUUAAUUUUAGGACCCCUCCCUCAACCGACUUGUCGCAUUUCUGUGAAGAAAAGCUACGAGACGGAUAAGAUGGCCCACGGAGAGUAAAGCCACGUAAAGAUCUCCGGGUUCGAGCGAAACAAUAGGACAGCAGCCCUAUGACCACUGCCCAACGCAAACACUCGGGAAGAGUCUGAGACUCGGGCUGCCUGUGUUCUGUGCGGAAAGCUCGUUUGGCACUCCGCAGAGCAGUAGUUCUCGUCCGUCCGCCCGUCGAACCUCGUCAGCAAUCCGUUACGCGAAGACGGCAAUGCAAGUAUUCUGAUUACGGAACGACACCAGGGAAGUAAGACCUCGCGAAGAAGUCUGUAUGUAUCCUGGUCGCCAGACACGGUGCUCCCGCACGAUGAUGAGCCUGUGCGUAACCCACUCGUCCUGUACAUGUCACGUACAAUACAGUAGAACACAUCGCGAGUGCAGAGUGCCGCAGUCACUAUCCCUCAUAACCCCUAGGAUCCCGUGUCAUCCCGGUGUGGCCUUCCUUAUCAAGAACGAGAGCCGUCGGGUCUACAUGAAAGCGUGCAUCCUCGACCUAAUCUUGACCCGAAGAUCAUUUUCGGCGAGCGAUGGGGGCAUUCUGUAUGUGUAGACUGCGACGGGCUCAUUCAAGAACCAGGGUCCCGAGGC